CCAAAUAUAAAAGUAAUUCCCGCGGAGGAGCCGAACCACAGUUUUACAUGAGCUGCCGACGGCAGAGGUACGUUUCUGGAGGCCCAAGGAGCUGCAUUGGAGGCCAUCGGGGAGUCGCAAUCGGAAUCGUGGGCCUGCAGCCGCAUUCUUGGCGUGACUGCGGCGCAUUAAAUCACCGGGAAAAACGCGGCGACGAACAACAACCGGAAGUUCAGCGCGAAAGGAGCAACUGGUGGUCAGCGCAAUGGAGGUUUACGCUUGGGGUGCCAAUUCUCACGGCCAGCUCGGCCUUGGCUUUGAGUCCGAAUUGUGCAUGACACCGCAGCGGGUGACGAGGUGCUCCUUCGCCGCCCCCCAGGUGCGAUUCAUUCGCGGCGGCGGCGGCCACGUCCUCAUCCUCGACACGAAUGGCAGGGUGCAUGCCUGCGGCUGGAACAAUCGCGGUCAACUGGGACUGGACUCCACGGAGGAGUGCCACAACGAGUUCAGGAUGAUUCCCAGCGAGUUCUUUGGGGAAGUGCCCGUGGAGACCAUCAGUUGCGGCUGGGACAUUUCGGGUGCCAUCACACUGACCAAACGGCUGUUUGUCUGGGGCUCGAAUGCCUUUCAGCAGUUGGGCAUUUGCCAGCGUGGCUUUGUGGCCGUUAGGAGACCCAUGCCGGUGAAGCUUCCGCGGGAGGAAGCCGCCCAGAGGAUCAGCUUCGGGCUGCGACACUGCGCCGUGCUCACGCAGGACAACAAGAUCUACGUUUUCGGGCGACUGAGGAUCAUGGAUCCGCCGCCCAUCGAAGUGGACAUCACGGCCACCUGCCUGCACCGCUGCAACACGGUGAAGAUCCAGGUCCACAAUCCCAAUGAGCUGCGCAUAGUUUCCCUCGCGAGUGGUCAGAAUCACAUGCUGCUCAAGUGCGUGGAUCUCAGCGAAUCGGGCGGCGGCAGCACCAAGAGGAUUCUCACACUGGGGGACAACAAAUUCGGGCAGUCGAAUGCCUUUCAGUUCGAGGAGGAUGUGCGACAGCUGGCGGUGGGUUGGACCCACAAUGCAGCCGUGCUGAGGAACAACGAGAUCCUCGUGUGGGGUCGCAAUUGCUAUGGUCAACUGGGAACCGGUUCGUUCAGCGAGCAGCAGGCCAUUCCCACUCCGCUGCACCUGAAGCUUCCGGAGGACCAGAGUCCGGCCAGGAUUCAUAUGGGCGCCGAGCACGGACUAUUGAGGACCACGGGUGGGCAGGUUUACACCUGGGGAUGGAACGAGCACGGCAAUUGCGGCAACAACAGCACCGAAAAUUUGUGCACUCCAACCCUCUUGGAACUGCCACCCAUAAAAUUGUGUGGCGCUGGAGCUGGAUUUUGCUAUGCCAUUACCGAGCCUGUAAUCUGAUUUUUAAAUGCUAGUACUUUGAGCUAUCGCAUUUUUUUAACCUAAGCUUAGGGGCCAUUGUGACGUAUUUGUGUAGAGCUUUGUUAAUCCUUUUUAAAUAAAGAAACUACUGUUGGUGAUAACAAUUA